CGUGUGCUGGGUUUUAAACGUGCACCGUCUUUGCCGAAGAACAAUAUUUUUGUUUUCAAGAAGCUAAGCAAUGCCUUCUGUUCAUGAUUGGAUAAAUAACCCACUGGGCGUCGUCGAUGGAUUGUUCGCUCAAGGCAACUCUGCUCCGGAGUGGGAGACGAAAGUGGUGGAAUAUUUUAAAGAGAAACUGAAAGACAAAGAAGCGCAGAGCUGGGUGCCGUCUCUAAAUGAUGUGCCGCUGCACUACCUAAAGCCCAACAGCCUGGUCCGGUUCCGCUGCAUGAUCCAGGACAUGUUUGACCCGGAGUUUUACAUGGGCGCGUAUGAAACCAUCGAUCCCACAACUAAGGCAAAAGUGCUGAGGUGUGGGAAAUAUAAGGAUUUGGUGGAGUGUGGGGUGGAUUUUAACUCGAGAAACACAGUAACCGCAGAGAGACAGACCUUCUACUGUGUCCCUAUUCCGGGAGAGGCCCUGUGGGUUAAAGAGGGUUACGCGUGCUCCAGCCAGGCCCGUGUGGUGGCGUCCACGUCCUACACCCCAAACCGACACAAACGCAGCUACGAUGAGGACGAAGACAUGGACACACAGUCACACAGCCAGCCGCGUUCAGGACCACAGGGUCUGACAGAUUGCCAUGGCAACGGUGAGUCGAAACGCCUGGAGACAGAAGCGCCCAGUCAGAACGUUUCUCAGUCAGACUGCAGCUCCUCCCACAUCGACCUCAACUUCCCUCUGCCUGGAGAGCGAGGCCCCGCCUGUCUGGUCAAGGUGUAUGAGGAGUGGGAAAAGUUUAAAGUCAACGACAUGCUGGAGGUGUUCGGCGUUCUCUCCGUGGAUCCAGCGCUGAGCUUGAUAGCUGACGACAAGGAGGCGUCGUCACUGCUGGACCCCACAGAGAGCAUGGAGACCGUAGAGGAACAGAGAGCCCACAGCCCCCCAGCAUCGCUUGUACCCCGUCUACACAUGCUCUACGGCCAGUCACUGCAGCACAAUAACUCGCUACUGCCCUCUGCUGUCGAGGAAGUCAAAGGCACCUUCUUGAACAGCUUUCGAAGUGAGCUGGCGUCGGUCAGAGCAGAGCUACUGUCCUACCUCACCCACGUCCUGCUGGGAGAUAACCUGGCAGCAGAGUACCUGAUCCUUCACCUCACCUCCAGUGUGUAUGCCAGACGCGACGUCCUGCCUCUGGGCAAAUUCACGCUCAACCUGAGUGGCUGUCCUCACGGCUCUCCGUACACAGAGAGACUCUACCAGGUCAUCCAGCAGCUCGUCCCCACUUCCUACAGGCUGAGUAUGAGCCUCCAUGAGAUGAACACGCUGCGUCUGGUUCCUCGUAAGGAUUACGUGGCCAAUCGACUGGUCAGCGGGGCCCUACAGCUGGUCAAAAACACCUCCCUCUUCCUGGAUGAGACGCGGCUGGAACAGGGACAGCUGGACGCUACAGGCGUGCGGAAUCUCACCGCCCUGGGGAACCUGAUCUCAUGGCAGAAGGUUGAUUACGACUUCAACUACCACCAGAUGGAAUUCCCCUGCAAUAUUAACGUACUUAUCGUAUCGGAGGGACGAUCUCUCCUGCCGUCUGACUGCCAGGUGCACCUCCAGCCUACCGUGACCCCACCUGACCUGGAGGAGUACCUGAGUGCCAUCCAGGUGACCCAGCUGCCCUCUCAGCUCAACAGGUUUCGUGUAUACCUGUGCCUGGCCCGUUGCCUUGACUACAGCAUCACUGAAGACAUGUCAAAGGCAGUAGAGGAUGACUUUGUGGAAAUGCGGAAGGAUAAUCCACAGAGCAUGUCUGCUGAGGACUUACACAGAAUGCUUGUCGUGGCAAGGUUGCUGGCUGUGAGUUGGGGGCAGAGUGCUCUCUCCAGAGAGGCCUGGAUGCAGUGUAAAGAGCAGGUCCAGCCCUCGCCCCCUGGGCCUCCGCCUUGUGUUACGCAACAGUGUUCCUGUGCAGGGGGAGAGGUCGUCCCUCAGGGCAGGCUGGGACGCUCAGGGACACCUGCCUCCUCUGUGUCUCGCUCUAAAACCAAUCAGUGUGUGUCAGAGAUCACUACUGUAGCUCUGUCUCCAGUGUUCCCAUAG